AUGUCUUACCGCGAUCUAUGCGAGUUCCCAGGCCACGAUGCUUUGAUGGCGUUGAAUCGGCGGAAGCUAGCUCGCUUCACGCCUCAGAUGCUGUACAUGUCGCGGCCGACAACGCUGUUGCACUCGCUAGAGGCGUUUACUAGCCGGAUUGACUUUGAUCGACUGGCGCAUCACCUGUCAGGAGGGGCUAUGUUGAACUCGCCGUCUUCAACUGCCGCGUACUUGAUCUAUCGAAGCGAUUGGGAUGACGAGGCGGAGGCGUACUUGCGGUUCGUUAUUCUGUCAACCCUGCUCGAAUCGGGCUUCAGCACCGAUCAACUGGGCCAGACCUCUAUCGAAAAGCUCACCGGCUUUAUGGAAGAAAUCCUCGACGAGCGUGACGGCGUCUGCGGAUUUGCACCUGGCAUAUUGCCCGAUGCCGACGAUACGGCAAAGAGCAUAUUCUCGCUCAAUUCCGCCGGGAGAGCAGUCGGUUGCGACAAAUUAAUCGAGACGUUUAACGCCCAGAAACACUUCAAAACUUAUGACCUAGAGGUCACGCAUUCGUUCAGCGUCAAUUGCAACGUUCUCAAGGCCAUGCUAGUGGCUGGGGACGUGAUCGGCCAUCUAGAUCACAUCUUCACAGUACUUCGAUAUUUGUGUCAGAACUGGCAUAACGGGCAGAACCUGCGUCCCCAGUACUCGAUGAUGCUCCUCGGUGAAGCUUUCGCUCUCUUUCUCCGGCGUUGGGAUCAGGCAGGAUACAUCGACGUCCCUGCCGACCUGAUGUCCGAGCACGGCAUCGUGAGCGUGGUCACCCAAAUUGUGACAAGGACCUUGAGCUCCCAGUCCGCGACCGACAGCUCCUGGGAUUUCUCCACAGAAGUCACUGCGUACGCGCUCCUCACACUGAAGAAGUUGAGCUCGCUCCCAUGGCCCGAAGGUCUUGGAACUCGAAUUAACGCUGCUAUCAACGCUGGCACCCAAUUCCUCCGCGAGCACGAAAGCGACUGGGACCGCCCCAGCCACAUUUGGAUCGAAAAGGUGAGCUACGGCUCGGGUGCCCUCUCGUUGACAUACUGUCUGGCAGCGUUAGCAGCCAAGGACGUAUAG